AUGGCGGCCGAAAAGAUCGAUGGCACCCAGAUCGCAAAGGAUAUCCGCGCGGGGUUGAAGAGUGAGAUUCAGCAGAUCCAGCAGUCUAACCCUCGAUUCAAACCCAGCCUUGUCAUCUUUCAGGUCGGCAGCAGGUCUGAUUCAAGCACAUAUGUGCGCAUGAAGCUCAAGGCUGCCGAGGAAGCGGACAUCCUUUGCAAAGUCAUCAACUUCCCCGAGUCUAUCACACAACCCGAGAUCCUCCAGGAGAUCAGCCAGGCCAACAAUGACCCUUCAGUACAUGGAAUCCUCGUCCAACUGCCCCUACCCCAGCACCUCUCUGAGCACACAGUUACCUCCGCUGUCGCUGACGAGAAAGACGUUGAUGGAUUUGGAGCCAUAAACAUCGGGGAGCUGGCCAAGAGGGGUGGCCGCCCUCUGUUUGUGCCAUGCACUCCCAAAGCCGUGAUGGCCCUUCUCAAGGCCAGCGGUGUUGACCCUGCUGGCAAGGAGGCAGUUGUGCUUGGACGAAGCGACAUUGUCGGAAGCCCUGUUAGCUAUCUUCUCAAGGACGCGGAUGCCACUGUAACUGUCUGCCAUUCCAAGACCCCCGAUAUCCCCCGCAUUGUGAAGAACGCGGACAUCAUUGUGGCAGCCAUUGGAAAGGCUGAAUUCAUCAAGGGAGAGUGGGUGAAGCCCGGCGCUGUCGUGAUUGACGUCGGUAUCAACUACAAGCCAGACUCUACGAAGAAGUCCGGUCAACGCCUUGUUGGCGACGUCGACUUUGAGACUGCCUCCCAAGUGGCCUCGAAGAUUACACCCGUUCCUGGUGGUGUUGGCCCUAUGACCGUGGCCAUGCUGUUGGAGAACGUCGUCGCCUCCGCCAAAGCGUACUUCGAGAAGCAGAAGGAGCGCCACAUUACCCCGCUCCCAAUCAAAUUGACUACUCCCGUCCCCUCAGAUAUCGCCAUCUCUCGCGCACAAUACCCGAAGCCCAUCACACAAGUGGCCACAGAGAUUGGUAUUGCGCCUCACGAGCUUGAGCCUUUCGGUCACACCAAGGCCAAGGUAAGCCUUGGAGUCCUCAACCGUUUGUCACACCGCCGCAAUGGCCGAUACAUCUUGGUCUGUGGUAUCACUCCGACUCCCCUCGGUGAGGGCAAGUCGACAACGACCUUGGGUCUGAGCCAGGCUCUCGGUGCGCAUCUCAACCGUGUCGUUUUUGCAAAUGUUCGUCAGCCGAGUCAGGGUCCUACGUUCGGAAUCAAGGGAGGAGCUGCCGGUGGAGGAUACAGCCAGGUUAUUCCCAUGGAUGAAUUCAAUCUGCACUUGACUGGUGAUAUCCACGCAAUUACCGCCGCCAACAACCUUCUUGCCGCUGCUAUUGAGACUCGGAUGUUCCACGAGUCUACCCAGAAGGAUGCCGCUCUCUACAGACGUCUCGUUCCCGAAAAGAAGGGCAAGCGCGAGUUCCUGCCCAUCAUGUACAAGCGCCUGAAGAAGCUGGGUAUCACCAAGACCGACCCCAAUGAGCUCACUGAAGAUGAAAUCAACCGAUUCGCCCGACUAGACAUUGAUCCCUCGACCAUCACUUGGCGCCGUGUUCUGGAUGUCAACGAUAGACAUCUCCGCGGAAUCACCGUUGGACAGGCUCCCACAGAGAAGGGACUGACUCGUGAGACUGGAUUCGACAUCUCUGUCGCGAGUGAGUGCAUGGCUAUUCUUGCACUGAGCAGCAGUCUCGAAGACAUGCGAGAGAGACUCGGCCGUAUGGUCGUUGCUACUUCACGGCGCGGCGAGCCAGUUACUUGCGACGAUAUUGGUGCUGGAGGAGCCCUUGCUGCCUUGAUGAAGGAUGCUAUCAAGCCUAACCUGAUGCAGAGUCUGGAGGGAACGCCCGUUCUCGUUCACGCUGGUCCGUUCGCCAAUAUCAGUAUCGGAGCUAGCUCCGUGCUGGCGGAUAAACUAGCCCUGAAGCUCGCAGGUACUGAGCCCGAUGAGGACCACGAAGCCAAGACUGGGUUCGUUGUCACAGAAGCUGGUUUUGAUUUCACCAUGGGCGGAGAGCGUUUCUUCAACAUCAAGUGUCGGUCCUCAGGUCUGUCACCUGAUACGGUCGUCAUUGUAGCCACCGUUCGGGCCUUGAAGGUCCACGGCGGUGGUCCCGAGAUCAGCCCAGGCGGUGCCCUACACGAAGUUUACCGCACUGAGAACACUGAGAUUCUGCGCAAGGGAUGCGUCAACCUGAAGAAGCACAUUGAGAACGCCCGGCAAUACGGAGUCCCAGUCGUCGUCGCUAUCAACCGUUUCGAGACCGACACCGAGGCCGAGAUCGCCAUCAUCCGCGAGGAGGCUAUCUCUGCGGGUGCCGAAGACGCCGUUUCCGCCAACCACUGGGCGGAAGGUGGAGCCGGUGCUAUUGACUUGGCCAAGGCCGUCAUGGUAUCUAGCUCCAAGCCCAAGGACUUCAAGCUACUCUACGAUUUGGAUGGUAGCAUCCAGGAGCGCAUUGAGCGCAUUGGCAAGGUCAUGUACGGCGCAGACAAGGUGGAGUUUAGCGAACUGGCGCAGAAGAAGGUCGACACAUACACCGCGCAAGGCUUCUCUAACCUCCCCAUCUGUAUCGCAAAGACACAGUACUCCCUCAGCCACGACCCGGCGCUAAAGGGAGCCCCAACUGGAUUUACGGUCCCCAUCCGUGACGUGCGGCUGGCGGUGGGCGGUGGGUAUCUGUACGCGCUUGCAGCCGAUAUUCAGACAAUCCCCGGUUUGCCGACGGCCCCUGGCUACUUAAAUGUGGACAUCGACCCGGAAACUGGAGAGAUCGACGGGCUCUUCUAG